AGCUGCCGUGAUGUACGUGUUCCUCAUGAUCCGAUGCCACAAGACCACCAUCUUCACGGACGCCAAGGACUCGAACACCUUGUUCAAGCUGUAGCGCAUCAGCUAGGGCAUCCUCAAGGGCAUCCUCAAGCGGCUACCAGACAAGCAGCGGCUGUACAAGGACAACCGGAUUCUGGACCAUGGAAAGGCAUUGGGAGAGUGUGGCUUCACCAGCCAGACAGCACGACCUCAGGCCUCAGACACUGUGGGGCUAGCCUUCAGGGCAGAUGAAUCCUUUGAGGCCCUUAGCAUCGAGCCCUUCUCCAGCCCACCUGAGCUGCCAGAUGUAAUGAAGCCGCAGGACUUAGGAAGCAGCGCUAAUGAACAAGCUCUGCAGUGAGAGCCC